CGGGGAGGCUUAUAAGCGCAGAACCAGACUGACCCCUUUACAGACGUCUCUUGCCUUCGUUCCUCCAUCUCUCGCGCGUAUCUUUGCAUUUCUUCAUCAGCCAUGCCUUACCAGCUCGCACCCCUCUCCAACAUCUUCCGCUCCAUCCUCACCACCGCCCGGCGUCCUUCGGAGGCCGUCCCUGCCACCCCCAUCGCCGAGGAUGAUGACGACGUGUACGAUUUCCCUUUGGAUCUCGUCGACGACCGAGCUGGUCUCGGUCUUGGAUACCCUUCUACUUCUUCCCUCUCCAUCUCCAGUCUCGCUGGCCGCGCUGUAGUCACCUCCUCCCCCGCUCCCGCGCCUGCCCCCGUUGUUGCGCCUGCCCCGGCUCCCGAGGCCAUCUCUACCCCGCAGAAGCAGAAGAAGAAGGGCAUCUUUGGCUUUGUCCUCCCCCUUUUCUCCGCCCCCACCGUUACCCCUGCCUCGCCCCUCCUCGCUCCCGCCCUUUCGUACACCCCCUUCGACUCCUUCUCCUCUUCUUCUCGAUCGCUCGCGGCGUUCCUCUCCUCUCCUGCCCCUUCCUCGUACAGCCCUUCCUCCCCUAUUCCCUCUUCUCCCACUCCGCCUUCCCCCAAUCUUGCCAUGCUACGCGCAGCCGCACACGUCCUUCGUCCUGUCUAUUUCCCACGCCGCCCGCUGUACGAUAUACCCGAAGAGAUGCCCUCGCCUCGGCUGCUUUCCCCUAUACCCCCGAUUGCGCGGCAUCGCGGCCCGCUUCUGGUUUGGAAUGCGGAGACGCAGACGUUUGGAUUCUAUCGGAGUCCGCUGCUCACGUCGUCGCCUGUUUACUUCUAAUUCCUUUCCUUCCCCUUCUGUUGUUGUCUUCUUUCGCGCACUGGUCGCUUUUUCUUCUACUGUCUGUUACUUCGUGGUUCCUUUCUUCUCCUCUGCCAUCCCCCUUAUAAUUGCUAUACCCCUUACGCUCUAAUUACCUUCCUAAUCCUCCAUCUCCUUAAUUGCCUUCACCCUCUACCUCUAUCUUAUACCCUAAUGUGGCUC